AUGUCUAAGCACAUAAGCAUAUUCGGACUCGGAGCCAUGGGAACGGCCCUCGCAGCCAAGUACCUCGAACAUGGCUACAGAACAACCGUUUGGAAUCGAACCUCUGCAAAGGCAACUCCGCUCGUUCAGCAGGGUGCCCAGCUAGCCUCUACAAUCUCGGAGGGGUUAAACGCCAGCGACCUCAUCAUUAUGUGCCUCCUUAACAAUCAAGCUGUCGAGGGCAUUCUACGGGAUGCACUUCACGCUUUGCCCAGUAAGACUAUUGUCAAUCUUACCAAUGGGACGCCAAACCAGGCUCGCAAACUCGCAGAUUUUGUCACCUCCCACGGAGCACACUACAUCCACGGCGGCAUUAUGGCGGUUCCCACCAUGAUUGGCUCUCCGCUCGCUGUCCUGCUUUACAGUGGAGGGCCUUUUGAGCUAUUCGAGAGCAUUGAAAGUCACCUAUCUCUCCUUGGAAUGAGUAAAUUUCUCGGUACCGAUGCAGGGUCUGCCUCUCUGCAUGAUUUAGCUCUGUUGUCGGGAAUGUACGGUCUCUUCUCUGGGUUUCUGCAUGCAGUUGCUCUGGUCAAGUCUGAGAAGGGUACUACCGCUAUCGGGCUAUUGCCGCUUCUGACUCCAUGGUUGUCGGCAAUGAUGGGAUAUCUUAGUUCUAUCGCGAAACAGCUCGACGAGGGUGACUAUGCCACUCAGGGGUCUAACCUGGGAAUGCAAUUGGCCGGAGUAGAAAACAUUCUCAAAGCUGGCGAGGAGCAGGGGGUCUCCUCGCAGAUGAUCCUUCCAAUGAAGGCGUUGAUAGAGAAAGCAGUGGGUGAGGGGCAUGGGGGUGAGGAUCUAUCAGCGCUCAUUAAAUACUUUGAGGUGGAGAAGGUUCUGGAUUAA